ACAUGUAUUUAUAAUAUUUUAUUAGGGUAUAAUAAAUUAUUAUUCAAAAACCAUUAACUGUUCCAAAACGUAUGAGUAUCGCUUUUACGUUGACGGUAUGCAAUUAGAUCGUUUAUGCAAGGUCGACGACAUAAGGGGCAGAUAAAUUUAGAACUCGUACCCUCUCUUAGUAGAAAAGUGUAUUUCUUUUCUACGACAUUUCAAGAUUCGUCUAAAAAUAGUAUAUACGGUUAUAACUAGUUUAAACUCAGACGGAGUGCAACCGACCGAUCCUUCUCUUCGCUUUUCGAUGCAACUGCUUAGAAAAUUUAAUGUACUAUUCGUCCUACCCAAAAAUAUCUGUUUUAACUUGAAAGAAAAAUAUUUCUAAAAUAUAGUUUUCUUCCAUCUUCGGAUAACUGAAAAGUGAGAGAAUAAGAGAGAGCAGUAUUUUAUAUGUACAUCUGAAGUAUUCGCUUGUAACAUACUUUCUUUCUCUCUCUCUCUCUCUCUCUCUCUCUCUCUCUCUCUCGAAUGAGGCCAUUCACAUAGCGUUUACCUUCCACGAAUCAAUACUGCAGAAGUUUCAAUGAUCUUAUAAGAUAGCGCUACGAGCAAUAUAACGCUUUCUCUGCAUGUGCAGGACAAUGGGGAAAUAUUCUCAGAGUGAAUAUAACCUUCUUAAAAUCUUCCAAAUGGGUAGUAAAUAAUGUUAGUAAUCGUAUAGAUCUAUACGAUUAAUGGAUAAAUUUAUUUGUUAAAUUUGUAAAACAGAACAAAUAUGUAUGCGAAAUUACAAGAUCUAAUGGGUCGAAAAGAUCGACCACGAUUACACAAAUUCGUACAGAAUGUAAAUAUAGAAGAACUUUGCAAAGUAUUAUCUGAUAAGAUUUAUAGCGCAGAUAUAGUAAAAGUGCUGGAUGAAAUACUACAAGCAUUUUGUAAUGCUGACAAAUUUUCUGAAAACAAAUUAAAAGUAGUGAAAGCCAUACUAAAAACUCUAGGAAGUGCUAAAAUUAAUAGUAAUCACGCAGAAGAAAUCAUCAGUCUUAUAGCUAUGGAUUUUCCUAAUUUUUCAAAGAAUUGUCUAAUUCAAUUAGUACAAUUUUCUACUUCUAAUAUUUAUUCAAACGAAGAUAACUUCUACAGUUGGAAAGAUUUAUUACCGGUGUUAUUAGAAAUCUUAGAACAAGAAAAAUAUAUUGAUUAUAUGAAUUCAGAAGUCACUGGAAGUGAAUAUAAGACGCUUAUCGUUAAAUCCAUAUGUAACAGCCACUGGGAGCCUAGCAUUGUACCAUGUCUAGCGAAAAUGUUUGGAGACAUGAUUCUGGAGAAAAAAGAUCUGAAUGUGGUAAUUAUUGCAUUGUGUCAUAAACUUUGCAUGAUUGCUUUAAAUGAAAUACCGCCUUUUGUAUAUCAGACUCUUAGAUUAUGUAGUAAUUCUAGUUGUAUACAUUUGAUUGUAUCACUGCGUAAAUAUUUUGCAUCGUAUUAUUCAAAUGCAAAUAGUAAAGAAAAAGAGAAUAAUUUAGACGAUAUUAGUACAACAAGUUUAAAAGAAAUACAAGAUGCAGAAAGUAAUGUACUGUUUCACAUACAUCAUGCCACACAAUUACAUUAUAAAUGUAUAAAAGAUUUGAUACUUGCAUUUAAAAAAUUUUCUAUAGUACCAGAAUAUAUAUUAGAACCUUUCAUUUUAUCUACAAUAUUUAUAAUCUCCAGUGUACAUGAAGAACAGGUUUUUGAAAUGCUUCAUCAGACGAUUUUAAGAAAAAUGCAAGAUGAUGAAAAAUGUAAGAAUAGUGCUUGGUUAAACUCUUUAAUGAAUAAUAAUUGUGAUAUUAUGAAUAUUAUAGAUCAAGUUAUAGCAAAUAGUGAUAAAGACCGUCAUGUUGUAUUAAAAGGAAUUAUGGAGUUAGGAUUUGUGCUUAUGGAUACAGAACAUACAAUUGGAAAAGUUAAUAAAUAUCCAAUACAUAACAUUGGUAUACAGAUACUUCAAAGAUUAAUGAAGAAAAGACAUGAAAUAUGUGGUUCUGUACUUCAAUUAUUAACUGAUAAAAUAGUGGCAGGUGGUUUGUUAAUAUCGCAGUACACAGAUUGUUUGGCAUAUAUGUGCUCUAAAUUAGCAAUGAAUGUGCUCGAUUUUCAAACUUAUAUAAUUACUCUUCUUGAUCAAUUGCUAUGUGUACCUGGUACUGCAGCUGUACAAAUUCUUUACGCAGUUUUGCCAUUGAUACAUGUUUCAUCUAAUAUAAAAGACAAUCUUAUGUUAUCAUUGAGAAAGGCUCUCUAUAGAAAAGGAAUAUGUACACGUAAAAUGGCAGUAACUGGUUUUCUUGAACUAUUAAAAAUGUUAAAAAUGAAUUCUAGAAGAAAUCUUUCAAAUGAUUGUUCUAGAAAUUCCUCCAUGUCUAUCACAUUAUCUAAUUCGACAUCCAUAUUAACUCAGGUAACUUUAGAAAAACACAAUAAUAUAGGAAAUAAUUAUGGAUGCAAUAAAAGAUUAUGUGUCGACAUAUUAAAUAUAUUAAAAAAGUGUUUUACUCAAGAAUAUGAAGUCAGAUCACAUUUAUAUGAAGGAUUAUAUGAAGUUGUAAUUAAGAAUCCUGAACUAUCGGAAUACAUAGUGGAAAUAUUACUUGCUCAAUUGAAUCUUUAUUAUGAAAUAGAUGAAAAUGUAUUACCUCCAUUAAAGAUUGAUCUAAGUGCUGAUAUAAACGAUAUACAAAUUGUUCCAAAAGAGCCUAUAGCCACAUUGAUUUCUGUAUUACAAGCAAUUUAUAUAAAAACAGCUUUAGAAGAUUGGGAAAUUUUAAAUAAAGUUGCUAUCAUUCUAGAGUCACUAUGUAUAAGGAUGAUACGAACUGAAACGGAACAUUUAAAUUUGGAUGAUAUAAUGAAUUUACUUGAUAAUACACCAAAAUCACAACAAAAAUUACAUAAUUUAAAAGAAAUGAUAGGCGUAUAUGAAUCUUUAAUAUCAUUCAGAGUUAAUUCCUGGGUUAAUGAAAGUAAAAAUAUAGCAAAAAGUAUAUAUGGUCUUUUUAAAGGAUAUAAUAGGUUAAUGGACAUUAUUAAGAAUAUAAGAAAAAAGAAGGGAAACAAAAAUAAAAAAAAUAAAGAUGCAAAUAACACUACAUUUAAGAAGCAAAGCCAUUCAGAUAUUAUAAAAUUGCCAAAUGGAAAUAUAAGUCUAAACAUAGUGUGUAAAAUUUUAGAACUACAUUAUUUAGACAAGUGGUCAGACAAUGAUGAAGCUAAGAUUUUAAGAUCACAUAGAGACUUUUAUCAUUAUAUUUUACAAAGUUGCAUUUCUACUUUUCAAACAAUAAUAUUAUUAAGUAUUCCAGACUUUGAAAAACACAAAAAACAAUAUAUAAAAGUGUAUCAUAAAAUUGGGGAAUUACUCUAUAAAAAUGUAAUUUUGGAAUUUAGAAAUGCAUUUAAUGAUGAUCAACAGGGAACAUUAUUAGCUUUACAGUGUUUUAAGGAAUAUUGUUGUCUAAUAUGUUCAAAGUUUUCUUCUCAAUUGCCACAAUUUAUUUAUAGUAUGUGUAAUGAAAAACCAAUGGAAAGUUUUAAUAUGCAAUUAGAAACAUUUAUUUUGUCUUUCAAAGCUCCAUUGAAAAUUUCUUUCGAACAAGAUUCUGAUGAGCCUGAAUUUUAUAAACAAAUGUCGUUAAUACUUUUAGAAAUUAUACAACAAUUUGUGCAUCAAUUGAACUUUUAUGAAAAAAAUACUAAAAAAAUUUUUGAAUGGAUUAGUAAAUGUUCACAAACGGAAGGCAUCAGUGUUUCUACAGCUAUUUUGAUCCUUCAAAUCCUUUUAUGGAUAGAAGACUGCGAUAAAGACAAUGGAGAAAUAUUAAAUGAUAUUUGUCUGGAAAUAUCAGAGAAACUGGGUAUGAUACAUAAGAUUGAAACAUCAAAAAAUGAAAAAUAUAAAAUUAUAAACGAAAAUACAGUUGUGCAAGCUUAUAGCGUACUUAAUCAUUACAUAAAAAAUAAAUUAGAUAAUGUGUCUUGGUUUUUAGAACGUUUGAAAGCUGAACUUGCAAUAAUGAAUGUUGUUAAUAUUAAUAAUGAACAACAUGCAGAAGAUUUAGUAGAAAAAGAACGCAAUUUAUGCAGACAAUUGUCUUAUAUCAUUCAAAUACUUUAUACAUUGGCCAACAUAUCUAUCGAUCCAGGUCAAUCUACCAACUCGAUAUUUAAGAACUUACAACAAUUGUAUAACAUAUUGAGUAAACUUACUAAAUAUUUUUAUAAUAAAUCGAGCAGUGGAAAUGCAGCAUUUCAUGCUGUUAGGUUUAUUCAGGUGAUACAAUUAGCUGGAAAACCAUUAAAAUCUACUUUUUAUAAUUUAGUAACCCACAUAGAGGAAAGCCAAAGUAAAGACAAAAAACGAUUAAAGACAGAUACAAAUAUACAAAAAAAUCAUAUUUUAAAAGAAACUAAAUUAAUACCACGUGUUGUUUAUGAAAUUGAACAGUUUAGUAAAGAAGUACUGCUCCUUGCAAAAAAAACAGGGGUACCUUUAGAAAAUUAUAUCAAACAUAGCGUAACACGUGAUUUCCGAAUAUUAGAUUCACGAUUAACAGAAUCUCUUGAACAAAUAGAUGUCAGUAUGUUAAGCACGCAACGCACUAAUGUCACAAAUAUAAAUAACAGUCUUACACAUGAUUUGGAUAAUAAUUCAUCAUCCAUAACAGAACAUUCUUUGACUGAGUCAUAAAUAGUUUUUAGAGGCUUUUUAAUUUGAUAAAUUUUAUUAAAUGAACAAGUAUU